AUUUGACGAAAGUGGAGUCAGAAGUGUGCAAGAGCAUAUUAAUUAAAAAAUUGCAAUUAAAAUAUUAAAAUAUAUCGUAUCUUCUGAUCUUCUGCCAUGGGUCGUCGCAAGUCCAAACGCAAAGGAGCCCCAAGAAAGAAAAAUAUUCAGCCGCUGCCCAUUCUUUUCGAUUGUCCAUUCUGCAAUCACAAGCAGUCAUGUGAAGCGAAACUAGAUAAGGCGAAAAAAAUAGGAAGAAUUACCUGUACCGUGUGCCAAGAAUUUUUUCAAACACAUAUAAACUAUCUCACGGAGGCAAUUGAUGUGUUCAACGAUUGGAUUGAUGCUUGCGAGGAGGAGAACUAACCAUUUACACUUUUUAAUACGCUUUAAAAGCAUGUGAAAACACUUUGAAAACUUAUAAGCAGAAAGCCUUAAGCAAACUGCUCUUAUACUUCAAAUAUACACGGAAUUCUACUUAUACGCGUGUAUUAUACAAAAUAUUUUACAUACAUACGUUUCUGCUGCAU